AGAAAGAAAGUAAAGUGAUGUGAAGCUGCAGUGAUCUCUCUCUCUGUGUGAAAUGGCAGAAGCGAGUAUUUCAUGGGCUCAGGAUGAGUUCAUGUGCUCAGUGUGUCUGGAUCUUCUGAAGGAUCCAGUGACUGUUCCCUGUGGACACACUUACUGCAUGAGAUGUAUCACAGACUGCUGGGAUCAUGAGGAUCAGACGGGAAUCUACAGAUGUCCUCAGUGCAGACAGACCUUCAGUCCGCGGCCGGUCUUAGGGAAGAACGUGAUGGUUGCUGAGAUGAUGGAGAAACUGAAGACAGCGAGAAUCCAAGUGACUUCAGAUGUGGAGUGUGACGUCUGUACUGAGAGAAAACACAAAGCCGUCAAAUCCUGUCUGCUGUGUCUCAACUCUUACUGUCAAACUCAUCUUGAGCAACAUGAGAAUCUCUUCAGAGGCAGAAGACACAGCCUGAUAGAUCCCACCGGACGACUGCAGGAGAUGAACUGCUCUCAGCACCAUAAAAUGAUGGAGAUUUACUGUAACCGCUGUCAGAGAUGUAUCUGUGUGUUGUGUUUGAUGCAUGAACACAGAGAUCACGACACUGUGUCAAUUUCAACAGCAAACACAGAGAAACAGAGUCAGUUGGGAGAAACACAAAAUAAACUCCAGCAGAAGAUCCAGGAGAAAGAGAGAGAUCUUCAGAAGCUCAGAGACACUGUGACGUCUCAUAAGCGGUGUGCACAGACAGCAGUGGAGGACUGUGAGAUGACGUUCACUGAACUGAUGUCUGAGGUGACGCAGCUGAUCAGAGAUCAGGAGACGGCUGCAGUGAGUCGAGCUGAAGGACGUGUGGAGCGACUGAAGCAGGAGAUUGAAGAUCUGAAGAGAAGAAACACUGAGCUGGAGAAGCUUUCACAAACACAAGAUCACAUCCAGUUUCUUCAGAGUUUCCGGUGUCUCUCUGUCUCUGGAUCAGCAGAAAACAUCAGCAUCACUUCUGACGUCUCUUUUGAUGAUGAUGUUGUGAAAUCUGUGUCUCAAUUCAGAGAGAAACUGCAGCGUUUCUGCAGAGAAGAGAUCCGCAAGAUUUCUGAGACAAACGUGCAGGUCAGUGUGACCCCUGAACUCAGAAGCAGGAGGGAAUUAUUACAAUAUUUCCAUCAGUUCACACUGGAUCCAAACACAGCGAAUCAUUUGAUCAGACUGUCUGAAGGGAACCGAGCGGCUACAUUCACUGUUUCACUCCUGCAGUAUCUAUAUCAUCCAGACAGAUUUGACGAUUGGUCUGAGGUCAUGUGUAGAGACGGUGUGAGUGGACGCUGUUACUGGGAGGUGGAGUGGACUGGGAGGGGACGGUUGGGUGUUGAUGUAGCGGUGGCUUAUAGGAGCAUGGGUAGGAAGGGAGUCGGUCUGGAGAGUGCAGCCGGACGUAACGAUCAGUCCUGGAGUUUGUUCUGUUCUCCUGCCCAUUAUUCAUUCUGUCACAAUAACAUGGAGACCAUUCUUCCACAUGUCCCGAGUUGUUCUAGAGUAGGGGUGUAUGUGGAUCACACAGAAGGAGUGUUGUCCUUCUACAGCAUCUUUCCCAAAACCAGUCUCAUCCACAGCGUUCACACCACAUUCACUCAACCUCUCUAUCCUGUGUUUGGACUGGACGAACACUCGGCAGUCAAACUCUGUUUUCUUGAAAUGUAAAUGGGGCAAAUGCGAUCCAACAAAUGUUUUUUUGGUAACACUUUAAAAUAAUGGUCCGUUGUUAACAAGUAACUAUGCAGAAAGUAAUAGGUAGUACUACAUUAACAGUUACCUUAAUACUAUUAACUAAUAUAGAAGCAAGAUUAACUAAGCAGUAAGUAAUAGCUAAUUUAGGACAAAGGUAGUUUCUUAUUUGGUAUUUGAUAAUUACUAAAGAAAAAUGCCAUCAUUGAGAACUACUUGCGAAAUAUGACCAAUUAAUAAAGAAAAAACAAUUAAUUACUAAUCUCAACAUUAACGUACAUAAAGUGAAAAAAUAGGUUGUUUGUGGAAACAAAUUUAUGAAUAAAUACAAAUACCAAAAGCCUAAUACCAAAACAUGAAUGGAUAUAUUCUACAUAUAUAGACUAUCCAUAGAAGUGUUAAUGUAGUACUGCCUAUUACUUUCUGCAUAGUUACUUGUUAACAACGGACCAUUAUUUUAAAGUGUUACCGUUUUUUUUUUGUGUUGAGUCUAUGACAUUAGUGAUGAAAACGUUUGAUGUUUUUCUUGCUUAACUUAAAUGAGCAACCAGUGCUUGAACUGUAUCAUCAUGGCUUCCCCCAUGAAGUAAUAUUGGAUUGAGAAUGUGACAAACAUCCAACAGGGCAAUUUAGACAGACAGACUUAUUACAGGAUGGAAUAGUUCAACCGUAAAACACGUACGUAGUUUAUGUUUAACUGGAAUGAUGUUGCGAAGCCUCUGGUCGUAUGUUGUAAAAUAAUUAAAUAGAUUUAAAAGUUGUGAAUAUAAACACUUUGUGUAAUUCACAUUGUCAAGGUGGGCUAAAUACUUGUGAAUACAAAACAUAUGUUUAUUCUGUUUCUUCUACUGUGACUGUUCAUUACUCUGUGAUUUUCUAAAUCUCCAGAUAAUGUUGAUAAAAAUGUGUCUGUUAAUGUUGCAAGUACAAUGUUUGCGCUGUCAACUGGAGAUAUACUUUUGAAAUGACAAAACCUAUAUAUAGGUGUAGGCCGGGUUUAUUUAUGAUUUAUGAUGAUUUAUCCUGUAAAACAAAGUUUGGAAAAGACAUUGUUUUGUUUUUUUCUCAGAGGAAAAUAAGAGAAUUUUCCGCUUAUUUUUGUAUGCAUUUAUGCAAAAUGUCUUUUUUUUGUCUAUUCCAAUACAACUUUUAUUUUUUAUAGUAAUGACGGUUUAAACAUGGUAUAUGGUGAAUUUUUUUAUGUAAUCAUUAAACAAAACCUAUACUUUAUUCAUCUUAAAAUACUUUCAUUCUUUACUGGAUUGCAGUGAUUUUUAUUUUCGUUUCCUUUAGUCUUUGAUUGAUUAAUAAUGCACAACAUGUACAUGUGCUUAAGAUGCGGAUUUACCCAGUUUAUUUGUCUUAUAUUUGAAUAAAACAUAUUAGCAUCUGUCCAACCAGAGCCAAAUGACUGACAGAAUUGCAAUAUAAGGAUAAAUAUGAGUAAAAGAUCAAGAUUAGCUUCGACCCAACACAGAGUGCAUUUCUCAAUACACGUUGAGCUGUGAUCUCAUAUAACAAACACUAAAAUACCUUUAAUACCAAGAGCAAAGACCGACUACUUGCUACUUUAGUAUUUAGUCUACUUAGCAUUCUGUGUUUGAUAUCGGUCACAACAGUCUCAACAAGAUGAGACUUAAACAGCUUCACACAAGUGUAAAUGAUCGCCACUAAUAAUAAGCUCUCCUCAAUCAAAAACAACGAUUCAGUAACUUUUUUUCAAAGUUGUUGAGUGCAGCUGCACCACGUCAGAGGAGAACUGACCCUCCCGGCUGAGUCUGGUUUCAUCAUCAAUGGAGUUUGUGUUCCUCGCCACUGGGCCGUGUUGGCUUGCUCACUUGCUCAUCAGGGACCUGUAAAUUCCUUUAACAUCGCUUUAUUAGAAUGUUCUUAUGCUUUCCAUAAUACCACGCACUGUAUUGUUUUCAACCUUCUUCUGGGGCUUUUGCAG